AACUCAUUUACUCAUUUUAUUUUUUGGUUGAUUCAAUGGCCGCAUGCCUUAUUUAUUUAAUACUACAGGCCUGUAUACUUCAUACAUUAUGAUACAUCUAGAGGAGCAAUUAUUGUAAUUGCAUAGUCACACAAUCUGAAUGAUGCCUUAUCAAGUCAUUUUUUUAAUUCAUUUAAAUUUUGGUUAAUAUCUAUGUUAAAUGACAUUCAAAAUUUAAAUUAAAAAACUCAAGAUUUUGUAGACAAAGACCUCUGAAGAACUGACUUAAAGAAGUUCAAAGAUGGAUGACGUAGAACAAGACUUUACCAGCGAUCUAAAAAAUGUCAUAAAAAUUGAGAUGCUAGAAUCAUCUUUCGACCCAGAGACACAGACAUCUGAAGACCAAAUUUUUGCCAAAUCCAUGAUGACAGACACAGAGCAAGACUUUACCAAUGAUCUCAAAAAUGUCAUGAAAAUAGAAAAGUUAGAAUCUUCUUUACAUUCAGAGACACUGGAAGUUACCUCCACUGGUCAUACUUCUGAAGAAGUUUUAGCUAAAAGACAGAAACAAAUGGUGAAUUGGAAUGAAAAAAUUACUUUAAUGCAAGAGAUGCAUGCGAGAAACACUCAUAACAUAGAUGGCUAUGCAGAGAACUCAAGAGGUGAAGCACACAACUGUUCUUACAACAAUAGAAACCAGCUUCUAGCGCAUGCAGAAAAAAAAUUUGACCAAUUUCAAAUAAGUAUGGAAACUUUCUCUACUUCAUCAAAAAUAUGUAAUGAUAAGAUUUAUUCAUGUAAAAAGUUAUUUAAAUGCAAAAUUUGUCAGAAAGAAUUCACUCAUUCAUCUAGUUUAAAAAGCCAUGAAAUUAUACAUACUGGUAAAAAGCCAUAUAAAUGCAAAAUUUGUCAGAAAGAAUACACUUAUCCAUCUAGUUUCAAAAGGCAUGAAGUAAAACAUACUGGUAAAAAGCCUAUUAAAUGUAAAAUUUGUCAGAAAGAAUUCACUCAGACAUCUUAUUUAAAAAGCCAUGAAAUUUUACAUACUGGUAUAAAGCCAUUUAAAUGCAAAAUUUGUCAGAAAGAAUACACUUAUCCAUCUAGUUUCAAAAGGCAUGAAGUAAAUCAUACUGGUAAAAAGCCUUUUAAAUGCAAAAUUUGUCAGAAAGAAUUCACUCAGCCAUCUAAUUUAAAAAGCCAUGAAAUUAAACAUUCUAGUAAAGUACUAUUAAAAUGCAAAUUUUGUCAAAAAGAAUUCACUCAGCCAUCUAGAUUAAAAAGACAUGAAAAUAUUCAUACUGGUAUAAAGCCAUUUAAAUGCAAAAUUUGUGAGAAAGAAUUCACUUGGCCAUCUAGUUUAAAAUUGCAUGAAGCUACACAUACUGGUAAAAAGCCAUUUAAAUGCAAAAUUUGUCAGAAAGAAUUCUAUCUGUCAUCUACAUUAAAAUCCCAUGAAAUUAUACAUACUGGUAAAAAGCCAUUUAAAUGCAAAAUUUGUCAGAAAGAAUUCACUUGGCCAUCUAGUUUAAAAUUGCAUGAAGCUAGACAUACGGGUAAAAAGCCAUUUAAAUGCAAAAUUUGUCAGAAAGAAUUCUAUCUGUCAUCUACAUUAAAAUCUCAUGAAAUUAUACAUACUGGUAAAAAGCCAUUCAAAUGCAAAAUUUGUCAGAAAGAGUUCUAUCAGUCAUCUAAUUUAAAAUCCCAUGAAAUUAUACAUAUUGGUAUAAAGCCAUUUAAAUGCAAAAUUUGUCAGAAAGAAUUCUAUCUGUCAUCUAAAUUAAAAUCCCAUGAAAUUAUACAUACUGGUAAAAAGCCAUUUAAAUGCAAAAUUUGUCAGAAAGAGUUCUAUCAGUCAUCUGAUUUAAAAUCCCAUGAAAUAAUACAUACUGGUAAAAAGCCAUUUAAAUGCAAAAUUUGUCAGAAAGAAUUCACUCGGCCAUAUACUUUAAAAUCCCAUGAAGUUAUACAUACUGGUAUAAAGCCAUUUAAAUGCAAAAUUUGUCAGAAAGAAUUCUAUCAGUCAUUUAAUUUAAAAUAUCAUGAAAUUAUACAUGCUGGUAUAAAGCCAUUUAAAUGCAAAAUUUGUCAGAAAGAAUUCUAUCUGUCAUCUAAAUUAAAAUCCCAUGAAGCUGUACAUACUGGUAAAAGCCAUUUAAAUGCUAAAUUUGUCAGAAAGAAUUCUAUCAGUCAUGUAAAUGAAAAUCCCAUUAAAUUAUACAUACUGGUAAAAAGCCAUUUAAAUGUAAAAUUUGUCAGAAAGAAUUCACUCAGCCAUCUAGUUUAAAAGCCAUGAAAUUACAUACUGGUAAAAAGCCAUUUAAAUGCAAAAUUUGUCAAAGAAUUCUAUUACUUAUCUAAAUUGAAAUGGCAUGAAAUUAUACGUACUGGUAAAAAGCCAUUUAAAUGCAAAAUUUGUCAGAAAGAAUACUUAUCGUUCUAGCCUAAAAUAUCAUGAAAUUAAACAUUCAAGUAAAAUACUAUUAAAAUGCAAAAUUUGUCAAAAAGAAUUCACUCAGCCAUCUAGUUUAAAAAGCCAUGAAAUUAUACAUACUGGUAAAAUGCCAUUGAAAUGCAAAAUUUGUCAGAAAGAAUUCUGUCAUCUAAAUUAAAAUUGCAUGAAAUUAUACAUACUGGUAAAAAGCGAUUUAAAUGCAAAAUUUGUCAGAAAGAAUUUUACUCACUCAUGUAGUUUUAAAAAACAUGAAAUAAAAUAUACUGAUAAAAAUCCAUUGAAAUGCAAAAUUUUUGAUGUUCUCUUACUUAAAAAGCCAUGAAGUAAUACAUUCUGGUAAAAAAAACAUUGAAAUGUAAAAUUGGUAUAAAAAAAAAAAACACUCAUCCCUUUAGCGUAAAAUGCCAUGAAACCAUGUAUUGUAAUAUAAAACAAUUUGAAUGUAAAAUUUGUCUUAAAGAGUUUAUUCAGUCAUCUAACUUUAAAAUGCUAUGAGUUAUUGCAUUUUGAUAUAAAGCCAUUAAAACAUAUAAUUUGUCGGAUUUUACUGUCCUCUAACUUUAAUGACUUAAGUUCUUUAAUAUGGGGGAGAAAAUUAAAUUUUGAAUCUAGAGUAAGGCCUUACAAAUUUUGUAGUUUUUAUAACAGGGAUCUUCUUUUUGUCUAAAAAUAAUUCAGGGUUAGGGUGGAUUUCCCUUAAAUUACAAUAAUGCAUUCCAAUAGUUUUGGAGUCUGAAAACUUAAAACCAUUAUCGUUUGCCCAAUUUUGAAUUUUAUUUAAACAUAAUUGUCAUUCUCUUUCUAAAGUAUCAAUAUGCAAAGAUGACAAAAUCAUCAACAUACAGAGAGCAUUCUAUGCUAUAGAAUCAGCAACAGUCUUUAAAAAAUAAUAGAAUAUAUAAAAAUAAUACUAGCCUAUAAUAUUUAAAGGUACUGUCCAUUUGGAUCUAUCCAGUGCUACUUUUUCCCAGCUGCUAGUGUCAAUUUUGAAGAGCUUCAUGUUGCGUUUGCAUACAUGCAGUAUUACUAAUAGCAAGCAGUCCCAGGUAUAGGUAUAGAAAUAUUUAAAUCAAUGCACGCUUCUAACAAUAAAAAAGAUGAAGAAAUGCUGGCUUUUGGUCAACUGUCUAGGAAACAACAUGGACUCCACUAUUUAUAUUAUCCCACUCUAACCCAUAUACAAUAAGCUGUAGUAAACGUAUAGAAUCAGCAAUAGUCUUUAAAAAAUAAUAGAAUAUAUACAAAUAAUACUAGCCUAAAAUAUUUAAAGGUACAUAUAAAAAUAUCUCUGGAAGCGCAAGCUCACAUAUAGGAUUGUUAGUUAUAAUUUCUUUAAUCAUACUUUUGAGAAACUACCUUGUGCUCAAACAUGUAUGAAUUUUUGUAAUGAAUCUCAUAUAAUGAGUCAAGUUCUAACAUCUGAAAGCUUUCUUUAUUGUAAGAAUGCUACUCUUUAUCAAGAGACCAUAAAUCAAUGGUUGGUCAUCAGCUUACUUUAAAUGAUGGAACAAUAUUGUAUUUAGGUUUCAACCCAGUAGUUUCUGAAGAUUCCAUGUACACUUCUUGAUUUGACUAUUGCUCUUUUCACAUCACUAGCAUCUCUUUAUUCAAAAUUUGCUAAAAUAUCUUGUAAUAAUAUUCUCAAACAAGCAUUUACAAAAAUAAACCGCACAAUGAGUAACAAGGCUUCUUCAAUGAAACUUUUCCAGCAUAUAUUACAAAAUUAUAUUUCCUAAGACCUUGUUGAAGAUAUACAGUUACAUUUCUUACACUGUAGUGCUCACUUUCUUUUAGGCUUUCAGCACUGCAUGAAAAAGCACUGAGGAAGGCUGAACUUGAUGUAAACAAACACAAAUAUAAGAUAGGUAAUUCUUUUGCCAGUGACAAUCUAUUUUUAAACAUUUCUCAACAAAUAAGGAAAGUUCAGUUUCUCGCUUAAUUACGACAACAUGUGAUGUUUUAGGACCCAGGGGUGAUAAAAAAAUAGUUAUGGAACUGAAUGGCUAGCUUUCUGCUUUGAUUCUACUUACUAAUCCCCUCAUUAAAACUUAAUAGUUUCAAUGCCUUCUUUGCUGCUUCAGCAUACCUGACACAAUAAAACAGGUUUUUUUAAAUCUGGCACUAUUUUAUGAAGACAUUAAUAAAAAAAAUGAAGAAUGUAUUUUUUUUUAUAAAUGAUCAAUUUAUCAUGAUUCACAUGUGUGCUGUAGCUCUAUUUUAUCUCAAAGUAAAUAGGCCUUUCUGGAAGUUGAUGAAAAAAAAAAUAAGUACACUGAAUUUCAUGUUUUUGUAAAGCAAAUGUUACUUUGUUUUGAAAAUGUAUCAAAGAGAGGACAUUGGUCAGUUGUUGACAUUGUGUGUCCAAUCAAACUUUGUUCUUUUUUUUUAGUGAAAUAGCAUGUCAUGAUGUGUUUCAAUAUCUAUGCAUUGAUAAAACUUUUUAAAAAAAUUUUUAUAGUGGUAUAUUUAUGAAGUAAUAAAGAUACCCAACAUUUUGACAUGAAAUACUUGAUUAUUUCUUGUGUUUUUAUUUUUUGUACAUUUAUACAUUUAUUUUAAUGUAUUACACCGGUUUCCGCAUCUGACCCCAAAACCUCUGCAGUUGGUCUUUCAAGAAUAAUACCAGUUAUAGUAGGCUAUAAAAAUAGUUGUAUUUGUAUGGUAUAUAAUUUCUAUUCAAUGUGAUGUCAGUAAUAGACAGUGUAGAUUAAUUCUCUUAUCUUAUAUAAUACAAACUUUGCUUCAAAAAAGUCAUGCAUAUUAACCAUUGACUUAAAUUCUACCAAGUCACUGUUAAAUGUUUUACUCACUUGCAGUUAUGUGUAACACCUUUUUGUAACCGCUCUUAUGGGGGUGGGGGUAAUCACUUAAUGAGUAAAUCAGAUGAGAUUUCUGCGGAGGCCCGAGUUCUAUUAAGCCGUCAUGUCAUCUGUACUGUACAUUUAGUUUUAUUUGCGAGUACGGUAAUUCUUUUAUCUUUAACUCAUUUGAAAUAUAUUUAUACGGAAACUAGCAUUACCCAAUGGCUAUAUAUUAUAUAUUUAGUUUGCACCAGUCAUGUAACAAAAUUUGUAAUACAUCUACACUAACAAUAAAAAAUGUGCAGGAUUAUAA